AUGGCCGUGAUAAAUCUAUUUUUUUCAAUAUUACUCGUAAAUCGAGUAACGUCACAAACAAGCCAAACGACAUUACAUCCAGAGAGCGCCGUAAAUACAUUACAAGAAAACUCAAGAGAAACAGUUCUUGCCUUGCAAAACCGACGAAUCCGUGCAACAUCGGAAACGCCGCCUAAGGUCGGCGCCGGAAACAAUCUGAAUGCCGUGGAAAGUACAGUGUCGAACGACCGACAUCUACCGCAACAGCAUUACCAAGCAAUCUCCGCGAUUUACUCAAUCAACACUAAAGAUAAAAAAUAUGACGCAGAUGUAAAAAAUAAAUCUAUUCCAUCAAAAGAAAUGUUGCUAGAAAAUCAAAUUGCAAGAAGAAGUAUUUUAAAACCACUAGCAUUGAUUAGGAAUAGUUGUUUAGAAAAUAAUUUUACAGAUAAUAACCUUACUUUACUUGAAACUUCUAAACAUAUUAAUGAUCAUAACAAUGAUAUAUUAAUUAUUCAAAAUCGUAAAGAAAUUGGAAAUAUAUUGAACAAACGAGAAAAUAAUAAGGUAAAUAACCCGACGACAAUAAAUACAUGGUUUGACAAAUACGAUAGCUUAAAAGACAUGAAGAUGGAAGAGAGGAGACAACAGAAACAAGAUUCGAUUCUAAUUAAGCGAAUCACACAACCUACCACAACUACAGAUAUCAUAACAAACAAAGAAUCAACAACUACAGUUAAAAUUACACCAAUGACAAAAGAAAUAUUUAAUGAAACAAGUGAAAUAAUGAACGUAACUCAAGGUACAACUUUAAUUGGAAAUAAUAUGAAAGCAAGUUAUACAGAAGAUUGGUUCGAAAUAAAUGAUAAAAGUAAAAUAAGAUUUAAUAGUUUGCCACAUAGAGAUAAUUAUUUGAUACCAGAACUUAAACUAGAAAAUGGAUUCUAUCCUUUCGCAUUCAUGUCUGAUUUUUUUACACUGAUUUAUCCCUUCGAUUUUCCAGUUGGGCUUAUAAAGGAUAUAGUGUGGGGAAAAUUCACAUUUCCAUAUUCAUUUUUACAGUCAAUAAAAAUUGAAUCAACCUUUCUUGGAUUCAUAGUUAUAUUCGCUUGCAUAGCGUUAAUUAUGCCAUCGUACCUCCUCAUCUUAUGUUUACUCUCAGUUUUUUCAAAAUCAAGAUGUGAUGAUGAAACAGAAACUGGAGCUCUAUUCCCAGACGAACAUGAUUCAGGUUGCAAUGAAAGAUCAUAUACCUCUGUGACACUCUUCGUUGUUCUACUAUGUUGCAUUUUAAUAUCCGGAAUGGCAAUAAGCAAUGAGCAAGCGCGUACAGCAGCGGAAGAAAGUCGCAACGUGGUGAAUUGCGCUUGCGCUGAUAUUGCCUCCUGGCUCUCUGCAGCUGUAAGAGAUUUACACCACAGUCUCAUCCCGCCUGUUGAUCUCGUGUUAGAUGCUUAUGAAGAAGAUCUUAACAACAUAGAGCUGCUACUUGGUGAUCCUAUACAGCAUUCGAUUGCAUCUGAAAGUGGAAUCGACCUGGUAUUCGACUCAUUAGCUGAUAUCAUAGAAGAAACCGAGGACCUUUCUACAAAGAUAUCGUCUUUACGCGGAGUUAGCGUUCGAGCUGGAAACUUAGCAGCAUCUGCGGCGGAGAGGAUCAAAGAAUUGGCUAGACAAAUAGAGAACAUGAAAAAAAAUUGUAUCUUAAAAGAUGCACCCUUGUGUGAUACAAUCAAUACAAAUUCAUUAACGCUCAAAUUGAAGUUCGAAUUGAUACUCCAAGAGCAACAGUUGUUGCAAUUGCGUUCACUAGGCGUGGAUAACAUGACCAAUGCUAUCUCCGCUGCUAGGAAAGAGUUCAAAAUGUUGCCAUCCGCUGUAUCAAUACAAACAGAGCUAGUUAGAAAUGAUAUACAACGAGAUGUAGAAACUCGAAGAGAAGCCAUUCAUAGCUCCUCGAAGAUACUUAAUAAUAUUGUUCGUUAUUUAACAUCAAGAUUACACGAUUUAAAGCGAAGAUUGGAUACUGGUCUUGAUAGAAUACAAAAGUACGACUUUUGGCGAUGGAUUCUUAUGUUAGCUUGCCUCACAGCUUUUGCUUUUGUAAUGCUAAUGUUAUUACUUAGUAUGAUUUGUGGAUGCACCCACGCAAAGGAUCACGGCGUAAGGACAUUACAAGUGUCUACAGUAUGUCUAUGUUUUGUAUCAUUGGUGUUGUGGACUGUAGUCUCUGCGACAUUUAUUAUUAUGGGACAUGCUGAGGUGUACGUUUGUCACGCAUUAUGGGACGCACCCCAAUAUGAAACACUUGUAGCUCUUCUAGAUAGACCUUCACCGUUGCUGGAAAAUGAGGAGGGUAUUUUCGAUGGUAUCUUUAGAGAAUUAGAUAAUGUAACAGUCGACGUGUCUAUAAAAGACGUAUUAAGGGACUGUGAAAAGGAUCGUCCGGCCUAUCUAGUAUUCCAACUAGAUAAAAUACUCGACGUAAAUAAAGAGACGUCAUAUUUCGAAUGGCAAGAACUACAAACAGACCUAGCCAGACUGUCUUCUAUCAUAGACGUGGGAUCACUAAAGACGAUAUCCUUGAAAUUUAAUAAACUUCUGAACAACAUGCUUAUAGUUUCUAAUGUUAAUUUAGCUAAUUACAGAAUGGAAUAUAACGGAGCUGUGGUUGGCAAGGAUUUGCCAUCAUUAGUAGACCAACUUGAGAAUAUCGCAGCUCAAGUGUCAGACCUCACUACCGCAGGAAGAUUGGAGACUUUGGCUACAAGAACACAAAGAUUGUAUCUAUCGAAUAUCAAACCACUGGAGCAAUUGCGAGCUGAAAUAGUAUUUAAACUGACAGAAUUAGAACUUCAAUUGAUGCCAUUCAGAAGAAAACUAAACAUAUCACUCAGUCACAUCCACACAGCGCAAUAUUACAUUGAUAAUCAAGGUGAAAUUAUUGCUCAAAAGAAAGUUUCAAUGUAUAUAUCGCGUUUGAUAUCUCAUACUGCUGGUUGGCGAACACACGUUCUUCAGUCGGCUGGCAAACACGCGGCUCGAUGUAAACCUCUAUUCGCCGUAUAUUCUGCAGCGAGGACUUUGUUAUGCACAAGAUAUAUCGCUUCUAUGCACGGCUGGUGGGUGUGUGGUUUACUGCUAGGCCUUAUAUGGUGUACAAUAUUAACGCCAUUAUGUGUGAAACUCUGGCGAACAUACAGCUGGAAGAUAAGAGAACAUGAAGCCAUGGCUUUAACAAAUUUAAAUUCAGGUCAACAAGAAACACCAACAACUGCGCUUUAUGAUGGCAGUAACUGGAAUACUCCGGGACCACCGCCACCACCCAGAUGUGACAGUUGGUGAUAACAUAAACAGAAGACAUUGUGGUACAAAAUGAAUCUCUCAAGUUGUAGCUAUACAAGCUGACAAUAUUUCAGAUAACAAAGUAUCUACAAAAUUGACAUUUCAUAGGGAGUAAUCUUAAAAUAUCCAACGAUAUCAAUAUAAUUGUAAUACAUAAUUAACAUAGACUUCACUAUGCAACUUGAUUGAUGUGUAUGAUU